AACCAACAAGAUAACACAACAUAUAUAAACGAGAGGCCAAGAAACAAACUCAAAAACAAAAACAAAACCUCAAACAUGGUACUUUCAAACCUCACUUCAUCAUCUUCAUCUUCAUCUUCAUCACCAUAUUCACAGUUCUUCAACCUUUCAUCAUUCUCCAAACUCACAUCACCAUCUUCAUCAUCACUUCUCUUCCACAGCCACCACCAUGUUCAUCAUCAAACAAAACAACAAACUUCAAAACCUACUACAAAUUUCACCAUUAAAGCUUACAUGGAGAAUCCAAACUCAUUUUCAAAUGUUGUUAGCAAAGUUAUUGGUGCUCUUCCUGUUGUUGGUCUUUUAGCUAGAAUUAUGAGUGAUGAAGGUGGUGUUGGUAAUGAUCUUAUUGAUUUUGCUGAGUUUAGAAGAAGGGUUGGUAAGAAUUGUACUGCUACUGAUUCUACUGCUUUUUAUCAGUUUCAAGCAAGAAGAGGAAGGGCAGGGGAUCAGGCAGGGGAUCCUAUCUUUGUUCUGCUAUGUUGUUGGCUAGCAGCUAUUGGUGCAGGUCUUCUCAAAACUGAGGAGAUUUUGGAAGGAGUCGGAAGGCUUCGGAUCUCGAACGACAUUGAAUUUGAAGAACAGACUUUCAUAGCCAUGAUGGAUGAAGCAAGAGAGAGAAGGGCAAGACAAAAAGGUGCACCUCCUGCUGUUCCAAUGGAGGUUCGAGUUGAGAAGGCUCUUGAUGCAAUCUAUGUUUGUUGCUUCGGAAAGGAUCCUAUAGAGGCAGAAGAUGAGAGGUUGCUGAGUACAAUACUUAGUUCAGUUUUUCCAUCAGUUCAAAAACAAGAGAUUCGACGCAUGGUUAAAGAGAUGGCAGAAAAAGUUGAAGAUGGAGGUAUGGAUUAUAUUCCAGAUGCUGCUAAGCCUCUAUCAAAGGAGGCUGUUGAAAUGCAAAUGAAAGACCUUAACUUUCUCAAACAAAAUAGUAAUACUUAGCUAGUGAAACAUGUGUUGUUUUUGACAUAUAAUGCAUUGAAUGGAAUUAUAUUUCCUAAAGCAAGGUGUUUGAGCCUUUUGGCUACUCAUAGGGGAAACAGUGAAUGUUAUACUAGAUGUUGUAAAACUUGGGGUUAUAGGCACAUGAAUGUGUAAAACAAAGUUAGAAAAUAGUUUCUCAAAUGUAAUUUAUUUGUUAAGACAUUCAAGUGAUCCAGUUUUUCCUUCACUAGUUUGAUUUUUUGUGGCA